UUCUUUGGAAUGAGAACAAUUCAGGAUUGCGUCGAGCAACAUUGGAGCACGUUCGCUUUCGUUGGUGGGUCUCUGUGGCACUGCAAUCUUUCUGAGUUGGGAGCCCAAAAUCGCUUUUAAUUGAGUAUAUUUUUGUAUGACGAUAGUCCAGAGAUGAGCUAUCAACUGUACCGCAAUACGACGCUUGGAAACACGCUUCAAGAGAGUCUUGACGAGCUAAUACAGUGUGGUCAGAUCACGCCGCACCUGGCCCUGAAGGUACUGUUGCAGUUCGAUAAGGCCAUCAACAAUGCCCUGGCUAACAGGGUGAAGACGAGGCUUACUUUCAAGGCUGGCCACCUGAGCACGUACCGAUUCUGUGACAACGUCUGGACCUUUGUGCUCAAGGAUGUGGAGUUCAGGGAAGUGCAGGAGCUCGUCAAAGCCGACAAAGUGAAGAUCGUCGCCUGUGAUGGAAAAAACCAAAACCAGACCUAACCAUUUGCAUAGGCUGAAGAACCCCAGGUGUACAGAUUUCUUCACGAAUGACAAGCAUCACCAAUUCCUACGCACACGGUUGCUAUCUGUACCCAUGUAUUUAUGAAUGAAUUGCAUCACCCUCCUC